UGCCUGAGAGAGUAAAAGAGAGAGAGAGGGAGGGGGAGAGAGAGACACAGCGUGAGGCUGUGGUUUAAGCAGAUACUAGCCGUGCGUUUAGGGAAACCCAUAGACUCGGCUCCCUGGGAUAAAGCGGUGUUGCUUCUAACCCCUUUCUUUCAUUCUUUGUAUCCUCCAGAGGGGCCCUGGUCUUUUACCCUUGCCAUUCUUUUACAUUAUUCCCUCCAUCCUAUUCUUCCUCCCUCUUUUGCCUGAGGAAAGAGCUGGACUACUGUUGCCUCCCUGAAACACAUCAAGCCGGUAGUGGAGGCUAAUGCUGUGAUACUGCAGGAGUAAAAAUCAGGCUCUCGUUUGAUGCAGUGAAGUGCUCCUUGAGGAAAAACGCAAGCAAAGGUUUGCCGGCCAUGGGGAACCUCAUUAAGGUCCUUGGCAAGGAUUUAGAGAACUGUCCUCAUUUUUUCCUGGAUUUUGAAAAUGCCCAGCCCACAGAGGCGGAGACAGCCGUAUGGAACCAGGUUAGUGCCGUGCUGGAAGAGGCCCAUGGGAUACUGGCAGAGUUACAGUCUUACAAUGGAGCGGGACAAGAAAUAAGAGAGGCAAUUCAGAACCCCAAUGACCUCCAGCUGCAGGAGAAAGCGUGGAAUGCUGUCUGCCCCCUGGUGGCCAAACUCAAGAGGUUCUAUGAGUUCUCACUCAGGCUAGAGAAUGCCCUGCGCAGUCUUUUGGAGGCCCUAACUAGCCCACCCUACGCUCCCAUGCAGCAUCUGGAGAGAGAACAAGCACUCGCCAAACAGUUUGCAGAAAUCCUGCACUUCACUCUCAGCUUUGACGAGCUUAAGAUGACAAAUCCAGCCAUACAGAAUGACUUUAGUUACUACAGGCGGACCAUUAGCAGGAAUCGGCUGAACAAUCAGCAGUUAGAAGCAGAGAAUGAAGUGAAUAAUGAAAUGGCCAAUCGGAUGUCCCUAUUCUAUGCUGAAGCCACGCCCAUGCUCAAAACCCUGAGCAAUGCCACGACUAAGUUUGUGUCAGAGAACAAGACUUUGCCAAUCGAGGACACCACAGAUUGCCUGAGCACCAUGGCCUGCGUGUGCCGCGUCAUGUUGGAGACUCCAGAAUACCGGUGCCGUUUCACCAACACAGACACCAUGCUGUUCUGCAUGCGUGUGAUGGUGGGUGUUAUUAUCCUUUAUGACCACGUUCAUCCAGUGGGUGCCUUUGCCAAGACCUCCAAGAUUGACAUGAAGGGCUGCAUCAAGGUGUUGAAAGAGCAGCCUUCAAACAGUGUUGAGGGACUGUUGAAUGCACUGAGGUAUACAACAAGACAUUUAAAUGAUGACAGCACCUCUAAACAAAUCAGGGCUCUGCUUCAAUGAGAGCAGGAGGAGGAGAGCAAGAGGAAGGUGACAGAGUCAGACUGUCACAGACGAUUGGGCUGGCAAAUGUGUGCAAAGCAACCUCUGAAACCUGUUUGUUUACAAGAGCGAAAUGCAACUUGAUCUCAAAUUAAAUAAGAUAUUCUAGAAUAGAGAAAUGAAUAUAUAUACACACACACAUAUAUAUAUAUGUAUGUGUGUGUGUGUGUGCGUAUACACACAUUAUAUAUAUAUAUAUAUAAACACACACACACAUACACCGGUGUCAAAAAGUUUGGAAUAAUGUACAGAUUUCGCUCUUAUGGAAAGAAAUUUGUACUUGUAUUUACCAAAGUGGCAUUCAACUGAUCACAAUGUAUAGUCAGGACAUUAAUAACUUUUGAAAAAUUACAAUUUGAAAAAAAAAAUCUGAACUUCUUAAACUACUUCAAAGAGUUCUCACCAAAAAAUCCUCCAUGUGCAGAAGUGACAGCUUCGGUGACAUUUCACCCCACACUUCCUGUAGCACUUGCCAUAGAUGUGUCUGUCUUGUUGGGCACUUCUCACGCAUCUUACAGUCUAGCUGAUCCCACAAAAGCUCAAUGGGGUCAAGAUCCAUAACACUCUUUUCCAAUUAUCUGUUGUCCAAUGACUCGGUUUCUUUGCCAACUCAAACAUUUUCUUUUUGUUUUUCUGUUUCAAAAGUGGCUUUUUCUUUGCAAUUCUUCCCAUAAGGCCUGCACCCCUGAGUCUUCAAUGUUAAGAUUCAUUUAAUGAACCAAAUAGCUUUCAACUGUGUUUGAUAUAAUGACAAGAGAUUUUCUAGUAUCAAAUUAGCAAUUUAGCAAGAUUACUCAAGGAUAAGGAGUUGGAGUGAUGGCUGCUGGAAAUGGGGCCUGUACUUUUUCAAAUUGAUGGUGCUGUCUUUGUACUGUACAUCAGUAAUGUCCUGACUAUACUUUGUGAUCUGCUGAAUGCCACUUUGGCAAAUUAAAGUACCAAUUUUUUUCCGAAACAGCACAAUCUGUACAUAAUUUCAUGAUUUUGGCCACCAGUGUGUGUGUGUGUGUUUGUGUGUGUGUGUGUGUGUAUAUAUAUAUAUAUAUAUAUAUAUAUAGAUUGUUGAUGGAUCAUCAUUGUGUGUUGUUUAAAAAAAACACUGGAAGAAUAGAGAUGUAUAUGUAUAAUUAAAUAAAAAUAAAUUAACAAAAUUGCAGCCUACCCAAUAAAGAUAGAAAAACAAAAAACAUAUUAAACCUUUAAAGAUUUGACUUAAAUGUACAGUUAAAACCACCAACAAAAAUGGUUCAUAUUCCAAUGUAUGUCUAUAGAGUAUUUUUGCACACUUGAAAAUGAUAGGAAUCCCACUUCACAUGGCUUAAAACUGUGUACAGUUCAAAUCCAAUUACAUGCAUUUAGACUUGAUUUGAAUAAUGAUACGCCUCAUUAUCCUCGAUAUGCUUCUUUCAAUGCAAAUGUGGGUUUCCUGAGGAAAUUGCAGUCAUAACACUUUCUCUCACAAAGUCUGUUACAGAAUAAAUGUAAAGUUAACAUGUGAUACACCAUACUUGAGAUACAUUUCUCUGUUGAUACAAACAGAAAUCAAAAGCGUAUGUUUAACAGAGACUGAUUUAGGUUUCAUAGCUGUAUAUAUUCAGAAAGCACAGGAUAGUUUUGUAAAGAAAUGAUCUUACUCACUAGUGCUGUACAGCAAUACCAAGUUGACAAACUGCAGACACAGCAAUUUAUUUUAAAUGCCUUCAUACCAAUGUAUGAUAUGCUGAAAACAUGCUAAUUCAUCUGUGAAAAUUAAUGGCCAGUUGUAUAAAUAAUCCUUCAAAUUGCUUGAAUUUUAUCCUCUUGUAAAUUUUUGAUGUUAAAAAAAUCAAAGACUGAGUAAGCCAUGAAACUGUAUCCCAGACGCGACAUAUUCUGCCCUGUGCCAUAGCUGCUUCUUUUACCACUGCUACUCAUUCAGGGUUCUACAGUCUGACUGAUAGUCAUACACCGAUCAGCCACAACAUUAAAACCAUCUGCCUAAUAUUUUGUAGGUCUCCCUCGUGCUGCAAAAACAGCACCAACCCACAUCUCAGAAUAACAUUCUGACAUAUUAUU